AUGGGUUUUAUGAAAGUUGCUAUGUUUUUUCUCUCGAUAACGAUUGUUUUUAGCUUUUUUAUGGCCACUCUCACUGGUGCUGCUGUGUACAAAGUUGGUGAUGAUGCUGGUUGGACGUUCGGUAGCGCCAAUGUUAAUUAUCGUGUAUGGGCUGCAACAAAAAAGUUUCAGGUCGGUGACAUUCUCGUAUUUGUGUAUGACAAAACACAAAACAACGUCCUGCGAGUGAGCCUCCAUGAUUACCAUAAUUGUAACGCCGCGAAUCCCAUCAGGAGUUACUCUUCCGGCAACGACUCCAUCACCAUCAUGGGUCCGGGUCACUAUUACUGUAUUUGUGGUUUUCCGGGCCACUGUCUAACCGGUCAAAAGGUUGAUGUCAGGGUACCUAAAGUUUUUCGGCCCAGGGAUUUUCCAACUGGAAGCCCAAGCCCAGCUCCUGCAACAGCCUUAUCUACUACUAGUGUCCAUGUAACUGCACCUGCCCCAGCUAAGAGCAGUGCACCUUCAUUGUUCAUUAAUAAUGGGCUUGGGCUUAGCCUUACUUUAUUCAUGAUUGUCAUUGGUGCAGAUUAUGUAUUUUAA